UGACACUUUUAGCAGAAUGUGUUUGUGCGUCCAGUUGUCUGUGUUCACGCCCAGCAGCCACAGGCCGCUGAGGUCACGUGUCAUAGGGUGAAAUGAUGCCGAGUGUGAACCUCCAGCAGUGUGUUAUUCGUGUCUGACCUCCCUCUGAUUCACAGAGAGCAUUCAUCCCGCAAUGUCUGACACAGAGGACAUCAUAGAGGAGGAGGAAAUUCUGGUGGAAGAAGAUGAUUCAAAGUCAAAACCAAAAUUUAUGACAAAUGUUGCACCUCCAAAGAUCGCAGAUGGUGAUAAAGUUGAUUUUGAUGACAUCUACAGAAAGCGUCAGGAGAAGGACCUGUCUGAGCUGAAGUCUCUGAUCGAGGCUCACUUCAUCCAGAGGCAGAAGGAGGAAGAAGAGCUCAUCGCCCUCGUCAACAGAAUUGAGAAACGUCGUGCUGAGAGAGCAGAGCAGCAGAGGAUCCGCACAGAGAGAGAGAAGGAGAGGCAGGCCAGACUGGCGGAGGAGAAGGAGCGAAAAGAGCAAGAGGAGCAGCGGAAGAAACAGGAUGAAGAUGCCAAGAAGAAGAAAGUCCUCUCAAAUGUGGCCGCGGGUCAGAAGAAUGAAAUCAGGAGAGGCGGCAAGAAGCAAACAGAAAGGGAGAAGAAGAAGAAGAUCCUGGCGGAACGCAAGAAGCCACUCAAUAUCGAUCACCUCAAUGAAGAUAAACUCAAGGAGAAGGCCAAAGAGCUGUGGCAGUGGCUGAUGGGAUUGGAAGCUGAAAAGUUUGAUCUCAGUGAGAAACUCAAACGACAGAAAUAUGAUAUUAACCAGCUUCUUACUCGAAUCCACGUCCACCAGAGUGCCAAAGGUCAUGGAAGGGGUAAGAUGAGUGGCCGGCGGCGGUAAAGGAGAAACCAGUUGUGGACCAGCUGACCCUAUGACACUAGCAAUCAGCUCAUCUGUUUAUUGCUUAUCCUUUGUUUUGUUGUAUACCAAUCAUCAACAUCUAAAACAAUAAAUCUCCUUUCAAACUGUCCAAUAAAUUGUGUAU